AUGAAGCCGCAGGGCAGAAGGGGAGGCAAGAAGGCCCGGGAUGGAGCUGGCGGCGGAACUAAUGGCGGGCGCGGCAACAACAAGGGUGACAAUGGUGGCGGCCCAGGUGCUGUCGACGGUGGGCAGUCCUUUCCUGUGGUGUCAGACUCGAGGUUCUCCUCCAUGCACAGCGCACCGGCCUUCCAAAGAGUUAAGCCCGACGAGCGUAAGGUGCAGCUGGACGACAGGUUCAAGGCGGUGCUCACCGACCCGCGGUUUCAGGUUUCUGCUUCCAAAGUCGACAAGUACGGGCGUCAGGUGGACAAGGCAUCCAAGAAGGCCAAGAGCCAGCUCCGCGCAUUCUACAAAGUGGAAGAAGACGGACAGGUUGACGACGAAACCGAUGAGGGGUCAGGUGUAGACGAUGAGGACGAGGAGGAAGAGGAAGAGGAAGCGGAGGAAGAGAAGGAGGGGGAGGAGGAGGAAGAGGAGGAGGAGGAAGAGGAAGAGGAGGAAGAGACCGGGGAAGGAGGAAUGGCCACUGUGGAAGAAUCUCGACAGUCCUACCUCACUCGACUCUCCCGCGGGGAGAUAUCGGGGUCAUCUUCGGAUACGUCGGACGAUGACGACGAUGACAGCGAUGAGGAUGACGAAGGCGGGUCUGAGUCUGGCGUUGGCAGGGCGGGACUGGACGACCCCUCCAGAGAGGCCAUUCCCGUGUCGGAGGACACUUCCAGGCGGCUCGCGGUCACCAACUGCGACUGGGACCACAUGAGGGCAAGGGACCUGAUGGUGCUGUGCGGGUCCUUCUGCCCCGGCAGUGCCCGGCUGCUCUCGGUGGAGGUGUACCCGUCGGACUUCGGGCUUGAGAUGAUGAAAGUGGAGGCGGCCGCGGGUCCUCACGCGGCUCUCUCCGGCAGCAUACCAGCCGCACAAAGCGGUGGCCACUCCGACAGCGACGAAGACGAAGACGAAGACGACGACGACGACGAUGCGGCUUCCGGCGGCGACGGCGACGGCGGUAGCGGGGAAGGAGCGGCGGGCGGCGUUUCCACCCCUGCAGGGACCGCGGUGGACGGCAGGGUGGUGAGCCGCCGCCGCCCCGGCGUCAUCAUCGAAGAGUACCGCACCACCGGGGGGGAUGAGGAAGACAACGGCGACGACAAUGGGGAAGAAAAUCUCGACGGUUCCGGAGCGACUAAGAAAGGGCUUCCUUCUGCGGCGGGCGAAGGAGACGUGGGACGUCGCGGGAAUGACUCGAAGGGCUUCGAUCCGGAGACGCUGAGGGUUUAUGAGCUGCGGAAACUCAAGUACUACUUCGCGGUGCUGGAGUGCAGCUCCGUGGCCGCCGCGGAAGCCAUCUACAGGGAGGUCGACGGGAUGGAGUUCGAGCACUCCUCGGUGGCGUUAGACCUGCGGUUCAUCCCGGACGAGGUCUCGUUCGAGGGCAGGCAGGUCCGGGACAAGAGUUCCUCCGUGCCCUCGUCGUACCAGCCGCCUUCCUUCAUUUGCAAGGCCCUUCAGCAGACGAGGGUGGAGUGCACCUGGGACGAGGCACCUUCCGAGAGGCAGGUGCUGUUGGGGAGGGUCUCUCAGUGGAGGGACGCGGCGGAGGAGGACUUCGAGGCGUACCUGGCGUCAUCAAGCGACGACGACGACUCGGCCUCCGACGACGACGGUGAGAAGGAAGAAGGAGGCGGGGGUGGUGGCAGGGCCAAGAAGGGCGGGGCGGCAACGGCAAAGGAAGACAAGAAGGCCGCUGCCCGCAGCGCUCGGAAGCUCCUCCUGCGAGACGCGCUCGGAGGGUCUUCGGAUGAUGACGACGAAGAUUCUGAUGCAUCGAUGGGGAGUGCCGGCGGUGGAGAGCCUUAUUCGGGGGGCGGAGGCCAAGACGGAGACGAAGGGGAAGACAAGGAGUUUACUUUCGUUCCUCGCGGUUCGGCUGGUGCGGUGGUCGAGGAUGGAUCAGAGAUCGUUUCAGGAGGGGCGGAGGGUUUGCUGGCCCGUCGGAAGGCGAAGGAGGCUUUGGCCAAGGAGACCCCGUGGGAGGCGUCCCUGCGAAAGGAGAGGGAGAGAAAGAGGGCUAGGAAGAAGGCCAUCAAGGAGCGUAUCGAGGCGGAAGAAGCGGAUGAUGACGGAGAAGAUGGAGAGGCCGACGGUUUCUUCUUGGAGGAGGCGGUGUCGAAGGGCAAGGGGUCUAAGAGCAGCAACAGGAAGGGCAAGAACGGGAUGGCGAAGGACAGGGGUUCGGGGGACACGGAUGGAGAUUCGGCCGCCGCGGGAAUCGCGGGGGGGGCGGAUGAUGAGGAGGAAGAGGACCGGCGGGACUACGACAUGCACCGGCUGGCCCGCGAGGAGAAGCUCAAGGGCAAGAAGCUCAGGGGCAAGCGGAAACGGAAGGAGGCCGCGAGAGAGAAGGCGCCCGGGCAAGACUUCAGGGUGGACGUGGCGGACGAGCGUUUCGCGGCCCUGCUGGAGGGGGACACGCGGUUCGGAAUCGAUCGAACAGACUCCAGCUUCAAGGAUACCGAGGGGAUGCGCUCCAUCCUGGAAGAGCGCACCCGACGGAAGGGCAAGAAGAGACGCGCCGAUCGCGACGGCCCCGAUGCCGGCGACAACGCCGGCGACGGUCGAACCGGCGGCGGCGGCGGCGGCGGCGGCGGCACCAGCAAUGGUGUUGGUGCUGGCUUGUGUGGCGGGAAGAAGGGUGACCUGUCGUUGCUCGUCAACAAGCUCAAAACGAGGGGCCUAGCAGAAAACGGCAGCAGCGGUAGCGGUGUGAAGGGUUUCGGUGCCGAGAGAUCUGGCAGCGCGGGUGGGCAGCGGAAGGCGGGGGGGCAACAAGGUUUCGGUGCUGACGGUGCUGAUGGGGGUGGGAAGGAGGCACAGACGGGGGGAGGUGGUGGCAAGGGCCGAAGGGGCAAGAAGAAGCGCAGGAAGGGUUAGCCUCUAAUUUACAGUCCCCGGCAGUGAUGGAAGGCGCAGGAUGCUCUGCAUGUGGAAAGCUCUACUCGUGUAGGUCAGCACAGCGCUGUCGUUGCAAAAUCGUCAUCCCCUCCAACUACCAGGUGCCCUGAAGCUUGCUGCUGAAAUCUUGAAGUAAACGGCAAGGUUUUUGAGAGCGCACGUAGAGGGAGGUGUUUUUUCCGCGAACCCCGGUACCAUGAGUCUACGAGCAGGAGCCUGUGUGUUUUUCACGGUGUGUUUCGUCUAGUCUGAAGGGUUUUUGACUUUGAGGCCUUGGACGCGUGCUUAGCUCAUGAAACGGCUGGUACAAUUUACUUGUUGUCGGGGAAGCACUGAUAUCGAGUUGCAUAUUGGACUGUCGGCUGUUCAGCCAGGAGCUUGGCUCAGCGCCGGUAUGCGUACGACCCCGUACUAUCGUACCAGAGCCCUCCCUGCCUGUGCAUGUCCACGUUUGUGUGUGCGCUGUGUGGUUGUGUGUUUACCAACGAGCUUAGAUUCGAAUUCCGAUUUCGUUCGAAGUGUACACGUCCUGUGUAACGCGGGCGGAUGAUUCCAGACUUAAAACACCUGGGGUGCUGCGAGGUAGGGUUGGCUUCAUUUGAUUGGUGGGCCAGUUGGCGCUGUCGAUGCUAUAAUCUGAGGAACACACAUGACCGACAAUUGCGUGAAGUAGUAAAUGACUUGAGACGACGGAGCGGAAGAGAUGGGACCGGACAGCCCUCAAUUGUACCAUGUUUCCGUAGGGAGCGGGACGAGUGAAUGUGUGGACGAUGUCCUUAGCGGCACCGUGAACGUUACCGAGUGGGGGCUGGUGGGACGAGCUGCCUGCGAGAUGGUUAGGUCGUGUAGCCGAUCUUGACGCUGGAGGUAUCAUAGGUUGUCGCAGUUCAAAGGAUGCUUCCUCAAGUUGCAUGCGCGCAAUUGCUCCGCAUACAUUCCUCAGACAUGACUGCGCGUGCGUGCUCCACUCAAUCAACAAAACAAAAUGGCCCCCUUUUUUGUGGUACUUUCAGGGGCAAGUGCCGGUCCAGACGUACGUACGUGGAUGUCGUAUCUGAGGCGAAGAACCUUAGUCGAUUAAUCGGUCUUGUGUCGGGUUAGGAAUCGGCGAGCCUGCUUCGUCGUUGCGACGAUGAUGCAGGCGCUACAACCGGUACCCGAGCGCAGCUAUUGUAGGUGACUUUUGGCGUUGGUCUGACGUUACGUUGAAACGUUACCACACCCUGGAAAUAAGCGUGUCAAUACGCGGCGGCCAGAUGAUCCCCUUAUUCGGCGAGAUAUUUUUGUUUGUAGUGGUGCAGAAAUCGCGGUGUUCCAUCAUAACUAUCA